AUGAUGAAGAUGAUGAAGAAGAAGAAGCCAGAGGAGAAGGAGAGGCCAGGGAAAAUAUCACUCGUUAUCUUGGCAACGUUUCGGAGCGUCGGCGUUACCGUCACGCUGCUGUCUUGUGCCCGACGGAGUACGCUGGCAGCAGCCGCAGCGGACCCUUGCCACGAAAGCACUGAUGGACCGACGGACGAAUUCAAAUUCGAUCCGAGAGAAGCGAUGGACAUACUGAUGGACAGCGCCGUGACGGACAUGCGUCUCGGAGUCGUGCCCUGUGGGAAAGUGCGACCUGCCGGUCGAAAUCUCGAGUGUAAUGUAUGCCAGAAGAACUUUUCGCGAGCGGCAACGCUCAAGGACCACGUGAGGCUGCACACGGGCGAGAAGCCGUUCGUGUGCAAGCAAUGCGGAAAGGGCUUCGCGUCGUCGAACGCCCUCAAAUACCACAAGCGAUCGGAGGCGCAUCAGAAUCAUGUGCAGCUGAGGGAUUUCAGUGCGAAUUAG